AUCCGUCAAAUCAUAAACGCGUGGUAACAAUUAGUGAAGGCCAGUGUGUCCGUUGUCUCGGAAAUGUCGACCACUUCUCAGAAGCACAGAGAUUUCGUUGCAGAACCCAUGGGCGAUAAACCGGUGACUGCACUGUCGGGAAUUGGCAAGGUCUUGGGAAAAAAACUGGAGGAGCAAGGUUUUGACAGAGCCUUUGUGGUUCUGGGUCAGUACCUGCUGCUGCGGAAGGAUGGGGAGCUGUUCACUGAGUGGCUGAAAGACACCAGCGGAGCCAAUACCAGGAAUGCUACAUCCUGCUCCCAGUGCCUGAGAGAGUGGUGUGAUGCAUUCCUAUGAGUCCCUAAUGUAACAUUUUAAAGAUUAGAACAUUCAUCUGUUUAUAGUGGAAAUGUCAGUGGCUUGGUUUGUCUGAGCAGAAUAAUUUAAUAAAGAU